GUAACGCGUCAGCGUUCGCAGAAAUCACGUGACUUAGUUUGGUUUGACAUGAUCGCUGCACUGAUUCACUGCCCUCUUUCAAGUUAGACGCUUUCAGAAGCGACGCAUAAGUAUGAGGAACCUUUGCUUCAUUUGCUGGAUCUUAUUACUCGUGGACGUUUCUCCAUCUGGUCAUGUCAAAACCAAUGAUGAACACAACAUGGCGAGGAUAGAACAGUAUUCUGGCAUUAAUGUGUUCGUUGCUGUGUCAGAUGAAGUGAAAACCGUGAUAGUAAUGGAGGGAGAUCCCGUCACUUUAAACACUAAUUUUACUGAAAUAAAGAGAGAUGAUACCGUACUGUGGAUGUUUGGAGAUGAUAACACUAUUAUAGCUAAAAUGAAAGAAGCAGCUGGAAUUUUCUCUGACAAUGAUGAUGAGAGAUUCAGAGACAGACUGAAGCUGGACAGACAGACCGGGUCUCUGACCAUCACGAACAUCAGAACUCAACACACUGGACUUUAUCAGCUAAAAGUCAUGAGCACGACCGAGAAACUGAAGAAAUUCGGUGUUACUGUCCGCGAUGAAGUGCAGUCAGUGUCACUGAUGGAGGGAGAUACUGUCACUCUACAGACUGGUGUUACUAAAAUACAAAAAGAUGAUCAGAUACUGUGGAAGUUUGGAGAUCGAGGCACCAUCAUUGCUGACUUAAAUGGCGAUGCUGAUGCUAAAUGGAAAGACAUGAUCAAACUAAAUGUAAACACUGGCGACCUCACCAUCAGAAACGUCCAAACCGAACACUCUGGAGACUAUGAUUUGGAGAUCUACAACAGCAGCACGGCCUUACAUAAGAAAUUUCGUAUUGCAGUUAGUGAGCGCCCCCCGAGUUCAAGCUGGCAGACAGCCGGUCCAGUGUUGGCAGUCGUUGUUGUGAUCUUAAUCGUGAUCGGAAUCGGAAUCUGUAUUGCAAUCAAGAUGGGUCGGCUUAAAGUAUGUUUCACAAAGAACGGUGAAGCAAAAACGGAGGGUGAAAGAAUGCAGAGCUUAAACAGUGAUGACCAACAGCAGGAGCUCACAUUAAUAGUUUGAAAAUCGACCAUUUUGCACUGUAAAAAGGAGUUAAUACUUAAUUUAAUUUCAUUAGAAGCAAAAUGGAGAGGUGCUUUAUUACCAAGUUGAUGAAUGUCAUUAAAAAGUGUGGGAAUGAUCACGUAAGCACCUUUGCAGUCCGCAACAUGCAUCGAUGCUAUCAAAGGAGGAGCAUGAACACGAUCAUUCUCAAGUCAUGAUCAAAAAUGGAGCACUGUCUGUGCAUCUACUGUUUUGAAUAUAUAAUUUACGUAUGGUAUGCUCAGUAAGGCCUACGUAUUUAUUCAUACUACGUCUAGCAUGUUGCUCCAACUAGCUUGAGAAACUUCUUCUUUGAGAGUAUUUCAACUCUGUUUAUGUUUACAUGACAACUGUGUACUAAGACCUGAAAAGUGCGUUAUGCACGCCGGGCCAGUAGUUGUUUAUGCCACUUUGUAAAGAAACGCUACACGUUUGAUUAGUUCGGACUGCUUUCUCACUAAAUACUUCUCUAGAAUGUAAUUGUAUGCUGUAGAGUUCACAUUCGUCUUCAUUGUAAUUAGUGGAAUGACCAAGCCAUGGUGUCCACGGUACUUUUUGCUGUAUAUAUUCCAACUGGACUUUACAUGUUUCUUCUGCGUUGUUCUGUUCUUAUCUAUUGUCAGAUCGGUUGUGUCGAGUAAGUAGUCUGGUAAAUUGAAACGCAUACCGUACCUUUGCACGACAUUUGCAUUUGAAAUAAAAAAAAAUGUUUUAUCAA